GGUCCUCCUCUGCGCGCUCUGGAUCUCUCCUCGGACAAACUUCUGCGGAUCUCUGGGUCUCCGAAAGUUCGGGGAGUCGGUGUAGAGGUACCGGUACCGGGUCAGGGGCCGGAGAGGUUCGGUGUUGGGUUUUUUUUCUGGGGACUGGGGUGUUGUAGAUUUUUUUUUUAGUAGUUUUUAGUUUUUCCUCCCAGUUUGACCAUGGGGACUCUGAGAGUUCUCCUCGCGCUGCUCUGCGUCUUCCUGGCUGGAGCGCAGUUACAGAACGGACGCAAGUUUGCGGAGUGUCCUGUUGAUCUUUUCUUCGUGCUGGAUACAUCUGAGAGCGUCGCCCUCAGACAGCUACCUGGAAGCUUUUAUAUUGACCAGAUCAAAGAUUUCGCCAAACAGUUCAUAGAUGAGCUCAAAGACAUGCGCCACCGAUGCGAUCGCAUCCUCACGUGGAACUCGGGGGCGCUGCACUACAGCGACGACGUCAUCCUCGUGCGAGAGCUGAGCGACCUGAACACCGAGCGCGAAGCCCUGAAGAAGGACAUCGACGGCAUCUCGUACAUCGGCAAGGGCACGUACACCGACUGCGCCAUCAAGAGGGGCCUCGCCGAGCUGCUCGUCGGGGGCUCCCACUACCAUGAGAACAAGUACAUUGUGGUGGUGACCGAUGGUCAUCCCAUCACUGGCUACAAGGAGCCUUGUGGAGGCGUUCAGGAGGCUGCUAAUGAAGCCAGGCAGCACGGGGUCAAAGUGUUCGCUGUUGCCAUCUCCCCCGACCAAGAGGAAACCCGGCUGUCGCUCAUUGCCACCGAUCAGAACUACAGGCAGAACUUCACGGCAGCAGACGACGCCAGAUCCACCAAGAUCGGAACCAUUCGAAGCAUUAUUGAUAUGAUCACGAACGAGACAAAGGAUGUGUGCUGCUCCUUUGACUGCUCUGCUCCAGGAGGCCCCAAAGGACCUGAUGGAGAUGUUGGCUCUAAGGGAGAAAUGGGGAGGUCAGGAAUGCCGGGAGAGAAAGGAGAUAUCGGAGCUGUGGGCAACAUCGGUGAGCCUGGUCCUGGUGGUUACCCUGGAAGGAAGGGAGACUCUGGUUCCAGAGGGGAAAAGGGCGAACGAGGGCACAAAGGCUACAAGGGAGACAAAGGUUUGAGAGGAAGAGACGGCAUUGACGGGCGUAAGGGUGAAGCCGGGUACCCCGGGCUUCCCGGCUGUAAAGGUUCCCCCGGAUCAGAUGGCCUGCAAGGAGAGCCCGGGCCAAAGGGAGACCCUGGUUCUUACGGACUGAAAGGAGCCAAAGGAGAACCUGGAAGAGAAGGCGAACCGGGCCGUCCUGGAAACUACGGGUCGCUGGGCCCACAGGGUGACCGGGGCCCCCGCGGAGCAAACGGGGACAAGGGAGAGCGAGGCGACGACGGAGCAUCCGGGCCAGAUGGAGUUCGUGGAGAGAGAGGAAUACCUGGAGAGAAGGGAGAGCAGGGAUCCCGAGGAAGCAGAGGCCCGAGAGGAGAGCCAGGGGACCCGGGGCCCCGUGGAGACCAGGGGAGGGAGGGCUCAGCCGGCCCCAACGGAGACCCCGGUGAGCCUGGCAGGGCUGGUUCUCCUGGCUACAGAGGAGAUGAAGGCCCACCUGGACCAGAAGGACCCAAAGGCCCGAGAGGAAUCAAAGGAGCUCCGGGAGACAGAGGCCUGAUGGGGGAGAGGGGAGUGGAUGGCCCCCCAGGAAACGGCACUGCAGGUUGUAAUGGUUUCCAGGGUUAUCCCGGACCACGUGGAGACCCUGGCGAGCCGGGUGGCAAGGGAGCCCCUGGACCCAAAGGAGAUGACGGAGACGCUGGAGAGCCCGGCUCUGAUAACAGGGAACCAGGGAGUCCCGGACCUAAAGGGGCCAAAGGUCACAGAGGGCCUGACGGAAGAGUGGGACCUCCUGGGCCUCCUGGACCACCAGGAACUGAUGAAUGUGAAAUUCUGGACAUCAUCAUGAAACUCUGCUCUUGCUGUGAGUGUAAGUGCGCCCCUGUUGACCUGGCCUUCAUCGUGGACAGCUCAGAGAGUAUCGGUGCCUCAAACUUUGCUCUGGCCAAAGACUUUAUCAUCACUGUCGUCGACAGACUGAUCAAAGACCAUCAAGUCAAGUUUGCGUUGAACGAAUCCACCGUGAGUGUGGUCCAGUACAGCGGCUCACGAGCCCAGGAGGUCGUCACCCUGGAAAACAGCCUCGCCGAAUUCAAACAGGCCGUGAGAGACUUACGCUGGUUGGCCGAAGCCACGUACACCGGCGAAGCCCUUGACUUUUCUCUCAAAACCGCAGUCGGCAGGAUGAAGAAAGAGAACAAAGUGGUCCUGGUUCUCACCGACGGCCGUUCCGAUAUCACCAGGGAUAAGACUCCCCUGAACGUGCUGUGUGGGAAAAACAUCCAGGUGGUCGGUCUGGGAGUGAAGGAUUACUCGGGUCGCGAGCCGAACCAGGAGCAGCUCGAGUCGGUGGUGUGUAAGAGCGACCCCAAACCGGGCUUUCCCAUCGUCCUGGACAACUUCGCUGAGCUGCUGAAUGACAAUGUCCUCCAGAACAUCACAAACAAUAUCUGCCAAGCAAAGAAAUGCCCAGACUACAAAUGUCCCAUUACCUUCGCUGAAAGCACCGACAUCUUGGUGAUGAUGGACAGCUCGGCGAGCGUGGGUCAGAAGAGCUUCGAGACGAGCAAGGCCUUCGUCCAGCAGCUGGCCGAGCGCUUCCUGUCCGCCGAGAGGCAGCGCGGCGCCACCGUCAAAGUGGGCGUGGCCCAGUACAGCCGCAGCGCCCAGAUGAACCAGCCGCUGACCACCAACCUCACCUUGCUGUCCACUAGAAUUGACGAGGCCACGUUCCAGAACGACGGCACCGACGUGCUGGGCGCCAUGGAGUUCGCCCUGAAGAACCUGCCCGGCCGCGGCGACGCGUCGGGAGGACGGAGGAAGCUGGUGCUGUUCUCCGACGGCCGGUCGCAGGGCGUCACCGAGGCCGUCCUGGAGAAGCGCGUUCGGGAGGUGGCCGACGCCCGGGUGGAGCUGUUCGUCAUCUCGGCCGGCAGCCAGGUCAACGAGGCCAACCUGCGCACGCUGGUGAGCCGGGGGCGCGCGGACGACAUCACCUACGCCCAGCGCCACUUGUUCCGCGUGCCGGAUUACCCCUCGCUGCUCCGCGGCGUCUUCGCCCAGACCGUCUCGCGCAGGGUGUCUCUGCCUUAGAGACGCAAGGAGCCAGAAAAACAGAGACCAACACGCUUUGAGUUUUUAGUCCCAUUAUUUGAAUAUUCAGUCUCACUCAUUUAAUUCAUACACCGUGUUCAAGUAUUUGAAAUGGAAUAGGGAAUGUCACAAAACGACAGAUGAUUGUGUGGCAGAAAAUAAAAAUGUAAAUAUCUUUAAAGGAUUACUUUGAAGCUUGAGUAGACCCUCCAAGGCAUGUUCUGUACAAAUCCUAACCCCUUUUUGCAAAAGCCAAUAAAGAUACUGGCUCAAACCACAAAGUGCUCGACGUUCUGUACGCAGUCAGGAUGACUCUCCUGCCUUGGAGGUUGAAAAAUCAGGUUUGAUAAAGUUCCAAAUCAAAACGGGGGAAAUUCUGGGUCCUGGAAAAACCAUCACAAAUCACACCUCAAGACACGUUUCCAUCUGUUAUCCGCAUUGAGCUCAUUUCUACUCAGGUAUUGUACACCGCCUGUUUCACGCCGAGCUUUGGCUGCCUGAGCCGCGUCUCACCAGGACCAGAGCCCCCGCUGUUAGAACCACGAUGUCUGCAAGUCUCUUUUGGACUCCUCUGUGUAGCUCUUACCACUCCUUCAAGUUGUGUCCCUGCUCCGCCAACACAAGCGAACGACCACAGCUGUGAACCUGAAGCACGUCGGCCGGGGAUUUUCUGCUAAACUUAAACAACCUUUGAUCCUUGAAACCGGGUCCUGAUUGGCCUUUAUCUUUACUUAGCUUUUCUUUCCCCCAUAAUAUGCAUUAGAGCAGUUAAUUGGUUAAUUGAAAACAUUCUCCCGUCUGGGAGAAAACUCACCCGACAUCACUUUAAAGCUCUAUUAGAUCAGAAACCUGACGGCCUAACAGGAAGUGACAUCAGGCCGCCUUUCAAACAAAACCCAUCAGUGUUACACCUGGUGCUAAUGAGAACACGACAGCUGGACUUAAUGUGUGUGUGUGUGUGUGUGUGUGUGUGUGUGUCUGGAUAUGCGGGCCCCUCUCUGUGUUCUUCAUUUACAUGUGUGGGUUUUUAUGUGUAACUUCAGGCGAUCGUUCUGUAAUCACUUGUGCCAGGGUCAGUUCAUGACAGAAACCUGUUUCUUGUUGUCGCUGAGACAGUGAUGAUUCAGUCACACACACACACACACUCUGCACACUUUCGCAGCUAAUCAGCGAAGCAGGAAAACAUCUGUCAUGGUUGAAGGCUGGAAAAUAAACAUAAUGGGGCCGGUGAGCCCCUCGCACCCAAACACACACACAAACACACACAUUUUUAUUUUUUUUUAAAUCCCCACAACUGUAAGCUCUCCACUUUUUGUCAUCAUGCGCGGCUCAGACUCACUGAACUGUUGUUAACUGUGGUGCUAUUAAUGUCAGUGUAUCAGCCUCUACCAGUGUUGUUAAGAGAUGGAGGAUAAAGUUCGCCGGGGAUUCCCAGCCUCAGUGGUUCUGUUAGAGCUCCUUCAAUAAAGGUUGCUACACCAAAA